AAGAUACCUUCUAGAAGAAGACUUCUUUCGUUGACAAAUUAAACGUCAAACCAUUAAAUUUAUUUUCUACUAUAAAAAUGAUCACGUUAAGUAUAAUUUAAAAGGUAAAUAUGUGUUAGUCCAGCUUUCCGAAUAUCUAGUCUUCCGUAUAGUUCUAGUCCGUAUAGUUCCGUAUAGUUCAUACGGACUUGUUUUGGAAACGCACCGAAAAGCCCGGGUUAGAGUGGAGCAUGGGAGGAGAGGAGGACAGAUCUCAGAGACUGUUCAACGUGCUGACCACAUAACCAAUGUGGAGAGGCUUGCUGCUGAGGAGCUCCACCUGUCUCUUGCAGGUGGGAGCCCCAAGGUUUCUCCUCCAAGGAUGUUUUACAUCUCCAUUUUUGAGACCUCUACCAAAGAGGCUGCUUCACGGGCCAUUUCCAAUACCUUGGGGUACAGGCUACUUCCUGACACACACUGGGACCAGAGGUUAUAAAAAAGACACCAAAUCUACUUUAGAGUUCCCUGUGACCCCAGUCACAGUCACAGACAUCAAACAGUAUCUACGCUCCAAAGAUAUUCCCUUCCACGAUGGUUACAGCUGCCUCCACAUUCCCAGCAUCUUUGUGGAUUUGUCAACCAGGAAGGAGGUCUUCUCGCUGUUCAUUGACAAAACCACGGGACAGUUUCUGUGCAAGGACACGCUGGUGGAGGGGAGCUGGGAGGACCUCCAGGACUGUUUGGAGGUGAUGCAGAAGGAUGGGGAAGAGUCCCUUAACCCUAAUGUGCUGCUGGGGUAUCCGGAGAGUGUGGAGGAGCAGGAGGAGAGAGAGAGGGAGCUGAGAGAGGUGCAGAGGAUCUGGUCCACCUCUGUGCCACUCACUGACCUCCCAGAGGAUGAAGCUCAGCUGAUUAAAACCAUUUUCCAGAUCACAAAGAUCUCCAAUGCAACCCUCAAGAAGUUUGGAGUGAGAUUAUUCAAGCCAACCAAGAGCCUGGUUUUUCCCUGGUUUGGUGGACCUGAUUCCUCUUUAAAAGGGGUCAAGCUCCUGUCAGCUCAAAGAACAGAAACUGACAAAGUUACAUAUAAUGAAGCUACAGUCCCAAAGUCUAACUCCUAUUACAACUUGUUUGGCCUCCCUCUUGUGGGACGUCUGGACUCGGAGCUGGUGGUGACGGGUCACGAGUUUGACACGAUGGCUGUGAGUCAGGCCACAGGACUCCCGAGUGUUGCUCUUCCUCGCGGGGUCAGCUGCCUUCCUCCAAUCCUGCUGCCCUACCUGGAGCAGUUCAAGCGGGUGACUCUGUGGCUGGGGGGAGACAUUCGCUCCUGGGAGGCGUCAAAGAUCUUUUCUCGCAAGCUGGGCAUCAGGCGUUGCUCUCUUGUGCGGCCCGGUGAGUACCGGCCGUGUGCGGUGGAGGCUCUGGCCCGAGGUAAAAACUUAAGCAACAUCAUUAAAGCCUCGAUCCCAGCGGCCCAUAAGUCCAUAGUGUCCUUCAAGCAGCUCAGAGAGGACGUUUACGGGGAGCUCGUCAACACAGAUCAGGUGGCUGGAGUGAAGUGGACGAGGUUUCUUGAGCUCAACAGGAUUUUGAAGGGACACCGCAAGGGAGAGCUGACUGUUUUUACAGGUCCUACUGGAAGUGGAAAAACCACCUUUAUCAGUGAGUUGGCCCUGGACCUUUGCAUGCAGGGUGUCAACACUUUGUGGGGCAGCUUUGAGAUCAACAAUGUCCGUCUAGCCAAGAUCAUGCUGACACAGUUCGCCAUGCAGAGGCUGGAGGAGAACCUGGAACAGUAUGAUUUCUGGGCAGACAAGUUUGAAGAGCUGCCGCUUUACUUCAUGACUUUCCACGGGCAGCAGAACAUCAAGACAGUGCUGGACACCAUGCAACAUGCUGUCUACCUCUAUGAUAUCAACCAUGUCGUCAUUGAUAAUCUGCAGUUCAUGAUGGGACAAGAAAACCUCUCAGCAGACAAGUUUGCAGUCCAGGACCACAUUAUCGGGGUUUUCAGGAAGUUUGCCACAAACAGCACCUGUCAUGUCACCCUGAUCAUUCAUCCGAGGAAAGAGGAGGAUGACCGAGAACUGCAAACGGCAUCAAUCUUUGGUUCUGCUAAGGCCAGCCAAGAGGCCGACAACGUCCUCAUACUGCAGGAAAAGAAGCUGGUGACAUGUCCCGGCCGCAGAUCCCUGCAAGUGACCAAGAACCGCUUUGAUGGAGACGUGGGCAUCUUCCCUCUGGACUUCAUCAAGUCUUCGCUGACUUUUUCCACUCCCAUCAAAGGAAAACACAAGCUGAGGAAGGUCAACACCAAGCCGGAAAACGAGGAGGAAGACGAGGCCCCUGCAGCGGCGUCAAAGAAGGAGGAGGUUAAAAAAGAGAAGGUAGAGAAAGUGAAAGGAAACACAAAGACUCCACGAACUGUUAAAAGUCCUGCAAAUGGAAACGGAGCCGUUCAGAAGUGAAAUUUCAGAGUAUUCUCUCUGUUGAUCAGGGAUUUGAAUGUUAAAGCUCAACCAGACUCUUUGUAUGAAAGAUAAUGUUCGACAGUUGUAUGUCAAUAACAGGAGGUUCAGCUAAGCUAAAUACAAGUACAUAAAUAUGAACAUGCAUAUGAAAUGUAUGAAUUAAUAUCCCUGAAUCCAGAAUAUGCCAGGUAGUGAAAACGUGUUUCAUCGUGGAAUGAAGUAUGUUGCAGACAGAAUGUGAAAUAAUGACAGCAAAGUGUUAAACUAGUCUUCAAAGCUUUUCUGUUCAUUGUAGUAAGACUGAAUUUGUUAAAUGUUGUUUAACCUAUUGAAAUAAUAAUGUGACGCCAGGAACUACUGAUUAAAUAGGGAUGGUAACACUAUCACUGUCUGCUUAGAGGCAUAAUACAAACCCCUGCACAUUACCACAGUGUGUUCUCUACUGACUUUUUGUACAACAAUGAUUUGUUGCUUUUUAUAAUAAACCCCCCCCAACAACUUCUAA